AUGAGCAGUUACAAGGAGAUAAGUAAUGUGAUGAAGUCAACUCAGAAUGAUGUGUCAGUCAAUUUAGGAUACAUCACUGUUGAUGAGAGAAUAUUUGAAUUUAGGAUGGUGGUAUUUGUGCUGCUGAAGCUUUUGCUCCUUUCUCACAAGGUAUGCAAGGCUCAUGUUGUUCAGUGCAGGAUCAGAGAUCCACACCCUCCACUUCAACAGUAUUGUCAGUCAGGAGACCUCUUUGUUGGUGGUGUUGCUUCUCUGAGCUUCAACAUCAAUCCCAUAGACUUCACAGAAUACUCCCAGCUGGCAGUGUUUGAAGACCUUCUAGUUGUUCCUAAGAAUUACCAACACAUCCUGGCCUUGGCCUUUGCAGUAAAGGAGAUCAAUGAAAACCCUCAGAUAUUACCCAAUUCCUCCUUGGGCUUCCACAUCUUUGACAGCUAUUUCAAUGCAAGAUGGACCUACGAUGUCACAAUGCGACUUACCUCUUCUCAAGACCAGUUUGUCUCCAACUACAAAUGUGACACCCACAAUAAUCUGGUAGCAGUCAUUGGAGGGCUGGACAGCGACAUCUCACUUCAUGUUGCAACUAUACUGGGCAUCUACAAAGUUCCACAGCUCACCUAUGGCUCUGCUCCAGUAAUGAUGGACCACUCUCCAGGUUAUUCCAUUUACCAGAUGGCUCCGAAUGAAAGGCUUCAGUAUGUUGGGAUCACGGCUUUGUUGCUGCAUUUCAAGUGGACUUGGGUCGGGAUCCUUGUUAUGGAUGAUGACAGUGGAGAAAGGGUGGUGCAAACGUUGUCUUCAAUGUUUUCCCAGCAUGGUAUUUGUAUUGCCCUGACAGAAAGAAGUCCCAGAUCAGAUUUUGUCAGUGGGGUUUCAGACAUGAUGGAUCAGGGAGCAAAAACAUUUGCCAAAAUCUUGGAGAACAAAGCGAAUAUAUUUGUAGUGUUUGGAAAAUCUUACUCUGUGAAUGAUUUAAGAUGGUUGCAACAGCUGUCAGAAGGACGCUGGGAAACCAAAGGUACAGUGUGGAUAUUGACAGCCCAGAUGGAGCUCACUUCUUAUGGUUAUCAAAGGACUUGGGAUACAGACAUAAUCCAUGGUGUUCUGUCUUUCACAGUUCACUCCAAUGAUCUUCCGAAGUUUCAGAAAUUUAUCAAGAACCGAAGCCCUUUGAACACAAAAGAAGAUGGCUUUAUCCAGGACUUCUGGCAUCAUGCUUUCAACUGUGCAUUCAAAGAUGAAGUUCUGGAUGAGAUGAAAGGCGAUAUCUGCACAGGGGAAGAGAAGCUGGAAAGUCUACCUGGGGCUUUUUUUGAAAUGAGCAUGACAAGCCACAGCUACAGCAUCUACAGUGCUGUCUAUGCUGUGGCCCAUGCUGUACAUGCCAUGCAUUCAUUGCAAAGCAAGCCCAGAACAAUGAUGAAUAGAAUAGGGCUGAAUCUUCUUGGGCAGGACCAAUGGCAGCUCCAUGACUUCCUCAGAGAGGUUGCAUUUAACAACAGUGCCGGGAACAAAGUUUCAUUGAACGAGAAUGGGGAAUUGGAAGCUGGAUAUGACAUUAUGAAUUGGGUUAUUUCCUCCAACCAAUCCUUUCACAGGUUGAAAGUGGGGAGAGUGGAUCCUUGGACUGCUCCAGCACGUGCAUUCACCAUCAAGGAGAAAGAUAUAACAUGGCCGAGCUGGUUUAACCAGGCCCAGCCAGUUUCUGUGUGCAGUGAGAGUUGCCAUUAUGGAUACAGCAAGCAAGUGAAGGAGGGAGAGCAAUUUUGCUGCUAUGACUGCAUCCCAUGCCCGGAAGGAAAGAUUUCAGACCAGAACGACUCGAAUGACUGCUAUAAAUGCACAGAUGAACAAUUUCCAAGCAAAAACCAGGAUUUUUGUAUUUCCAAGCACAUCACCUUCUUGUCUUAUGAAGAACCUUUGGGACACACCCUAGCCUGUUUUGCUCUUUCUCUCUCUUUGAUCACAGCUCUGGUGUUGGGAACAUUUAUCAAGCACCACAACACACCAAUUGUCAAAGCCAACAACCGAAGCCUCUCCUACACUCUCCUUGUCUCUCUUCUGCUCUGCUUCCUUUGUGUACUGUUAUUCAUUGGCCAGCCUGAGAUGGUGACCUGCCUCCUGCGCCAAACUGCCUUUGGCACUAUCUUUUCAGUGGCUAUUUCUUGCAUCCUGGCUAAGACCAUCACUGUGGUGUUGGCCUUCAUGGCCACCAAACCAGGAAGCAGGAUAAGGAAAUGGGUGGGGAAAAGACUGGCCAACUCCAUUGUUUUUUCCUGCUCUUUUGUUCAAGGAGGAAUUUGUGCUCUCUGGCUGGCAACGUCUCCUCCAUUCCCAGAUGUUGACCUCUACUCAGUCACUGAAGAAGCGAUACUGGAAUGUAAUGAAGGAUCGUUGAUUCUAUUUUACUGUAUGUUGGGCUAUAUGGGUUUCCUGGCCAUUGUCAGCUUUAUUGUGGCUUUUCUUGCCAGGAAGCUACCUGAUUCUUUCAACGAAGCCAGGUUUAUCACUUUCAGCAUGUUAGUAUUUUGCAGUGUUUGGUUAUCCUUUGUUUCAACCUAUUUGAGCACCAAAGGAAAAUCCAUGGUAGCUGUGGAGAUCUUCUCUAUCUUAAGUUCUGGAGCUGGUUUGCUUAUUUUAAUUUUUGCCCCUAAAUGCUAUAUAAUUUGGCUGAGGGCUGAGUUAAACAAUAGGGAAGGAUUAAUACGGGCAAAAGAUCAAAGCACAUAA